GUAACUGUAAGGGCAUGGAGAUUCAUAUUUUUGACUUUGAUGGGACAUUAUUCUUCUCCCCAACGCCAAACAGACGUUUUCUUCGCUCAAAUUAUGACCCAUUUAUGUUUGGGAGACUUCAGGGGUCGUUGUCUACGGGAGGAUUCGGAUGGUAUCAGAGCCUGUCCACCUUGUCCCCGCCGGCUGUGCCUGCCGAGCCUGCUGAGUCGCGAUGGUAUGUAACUCCUGUCGUUAACUGGUUUCGUAGUCUUAUCGAGGGAAAAGUUUCCUCGUGUAAUGCUAUGCCAGAUAAACGAAGUGAGCACGUGUCCCCUGCGAUUUGUUUUCAAGAGCACACUAAUGAUGUUGAUGUGGCGAAGCGUUUGUUUUUCGUCUUGACAGGUCGUCAUGAGGGGUUUAGGAGCCGUAUCGAGUGUUUGUUGGAUCACAUAGGCUUGCUUCGGCAUAUCGAGCAUGUCUUCCUCAAACCGUACGAGGGGCCAGGGACUGUAGAAUACAAGUUGAACACUUUUUUGGAUCUCAUUCUAAGGUGGAAACCACAGCGUGUAUUCUACUAUGAGGAUCGCUACGAUCAAGGCGCAAAGUUAUUGGAAGGGAUGGAACAACUGCAAAGUGUCCUAUCUCCUCGCCAUGACAGUGAUACACAUUUGUGCUCCCUCUAUGCUCUUUUAGAUGCAAAUGCUCUGAAGCCCGGAUUAGCUUGUGUGAUACCAUCUGUUCCAGAUGAGCCAUCUGUUGCAUCUUUUUCCUCACAACCUCACUAUGCUAAUGGAAAUAGAGGGUUAGCAAACUCUGAUAGCUCAGCAAAUUCUAGGAGAAUGAUAACUCGGGAAGAUCUCUACGGGGGCGACAUCAGCCGUCAGAGGCAAGUGGCUCGCUAUAUUCGCCGUUGGUUGGAGAAGACUAUCCAUGAACGUAACAAUGCCUUUAGGCAAGAGCGGCUGAACCAAUCCUCAGAGCCCCUUCCAGGAACAAAUGGCUCUUCUAGGGAUGUGGAGGCCAUUUGUGAUACAAAGGAGCUGAACUCAACAUCAGGGGACUCAAGGCCGUCCUAUGCUUCCACGAUGAAUGCAUCCAAGGACAGGCAAAAAAGCGCGGAUAAUUUCCCUUUGGAAAGUAUUCAGUUUUGCCCACCAUUGAAUUUUAGUUUCACUAUGGUGAUGACUCCAAAUGAAAUUUCCUCUCGCUCAUGUGCAAUGUUGACCCAGGCGCAACAGUCCGUCUUAAUUGCUACACUCAUUAAAGAAAGGGAAGCUUAUGAUGCAUUAAGGUUUCAUCCGAAUGGUAGCUGCUAAAUUUUAAUAUUUUUGAGGAUAUUUUAUCAUGUUUUUGUUAUUAACACUUU